AUGAUGUUAUUGUCGAAUCUUCGAUGGUUAUUUUUAUUCUUUAUACUUGGACAAUUCAAUAGACAACAUGUAGAAGCGACUUGGCCCUUAUUAAACUCUUCUACCAUACAACUUUUAGGCCUUUUUCAAGAUGCAGCGAAUGCAUCUGAAUCUCUCGAAUUCUCUAUUCAUGCUGAGGCUAUGUUUAAAGCAGCAGUCAUACUUUCUCAACAAUAUAAUAUAACAAUUGAAGGAAAAUUCAUAGAAUGGUAUGUUGCACAAACUAAUGGCAAAGCUGUAGAUGCUAUAAGUAGGGCAUGUCAAGCAAUAUCUACUUGUAACAUUAUUGGUAUUGAGGGUCCAGUAUUGUCAGGAGAAACUCCUAUUAAUGCUGGUCUAGGAGAAAGAAUUGGUAUUCCUGUUAUAUCCUAUGCUGCAACAGAUCCUGAUUUAUCUGAUCGACAUGCUUAUCCUGCUUUUUAUCGUACAGUUCCUUCAGAUAAUAUAGCUUCAAUAGCAAUUGUUAAAUUAUUUAUUCGAUUUAAUUGGACUUUAUGCAUAAUUAUACAUCAAAAUGAUGCAUAUGGAUCUGGUGGUGCAAAAGCACUCACUGAAGCAUUUAUUAAUAAUAAUUUAGUGGUUGCAGAUAUGUUAGUAUUUGAUGUAGCAACACGUCGUAUGCGAGAUAAUUUGAAAAAUAUUUUAACUAGUAGUUCAACACGACUUGUUGUAUUAUGGGCUGAAUCAACUUAUACAUCUUUAAUUUUACAAAAUGCACUUGAAUCUGAUGUACUUGGUCCACAUUUUACAUGGAUAUUAAGUUCAACUAUUUCAUUAAAUUCUUUUAAUGAAACAUUUCAUCAAAAAUUAAUUGGAGUGCUUUCUGUUGAACCUAUAAUAGCAAAUGUUGUUCAUGCACCAAUUAAUACAACAUUAUUAAAUGCAGCCUAUAAUAUUUGGAAACAGUAUGAACCUGAAACAUUUCCUGAUUCAACAAAAGUAGAUUAUUAUGCAUUAUUUGCAUAUGAUGCAACUUGGUUAUUGAUUCAAGCAUUACAAAGAUUAUGUUCAAAAGUUACUAAUAAUUCUUUUUCAUGUUUAUCAUUUAUCAAUUCUUCAUCUUGUUUUGAUCGUUAUUUUCUCAAUUCUAAUUCAUUUUUUGAUACAAUUAAUCAUAUGAGAUUUCUUGGUGUUUCUGGUCCUAUACAAUUUAAUAUUAAUACAACAGAUCGAAUAAAUGGUAGUUAUUAUUUUGUACAAAAUAUUCAGUCUUCUUCAAAUAGAUUAAAUUUUAUACCAGUAUUGAAAUAUUCUGAGCAGGAUAAUUGGCAAGAAUAUUCAGAAGUAAAUAAAAUUAUUUGGCCAGGUAAUUCAUCGAUACUUCCUACUGGUAGAGCAAAACUUGACGGUGUUAAAUUACAUAUUGGUGUGAUUGAAUCAGUUCCAUUUACGAUGAUUAGUACUAUAAGAAAUGAAUUUGGACAGAAUACUACAAAGUUAAUUGGUUAUGUACCUGAUCUUAUUGAGCUUUUACAAAAUAAGAUGAAAUUCAUUCCAAAUAUUGAAUUAAUACCAUCGAAUCAAACUUAUGCCUCAUUAGUGCAGUUAAUAGAAGAUCAUGUUUAUGAUAUAAUAAUAGGUGAUGUGACAAUUACUGCUACAAGAAGAGGAAAGAUUAAUUUUUCAAAUUCUAUAUUUAAUAAUUCUUUACAUAUUAUUAUGCGAAAAACUUCCGAUAUUAAUUUCGAUCUCUUUGCAUUCAUGAAACCAUUAUCAUUUAAGCUUUGGUUAUUAAUCUUGGGUGUUAUUAUUUUUGCUAGUAUUUUAUUCUGUUUAUUCGAAAGAGAGAAUAUUGAUCCUUACAAAGAAAAAUCAAUAAUUUAUUUAUGUGCAAUGAGUAUUUGGUAUGUUUUUGGUAAUCUUGUAGGAUAUGGUGUUGAUUCUUUUCAUGCUGAAACACCCGGUGGACGUUUGUUAACUGCUGGUUUAUAUAUCUUAUGUUUGGUAUUAGUUGCAUCAUAUACUGCAAACUUAGCAUCUGAGCUAACAAUAUCAAAAUCGAAGAAUGUUAUUUCUGGAAUCAAUGAUAUUAAAAAUGGAAAAAUACUAUUCAAUCGUAUUGGUAUUCUUGUAGGUACAGCUAGUGAAGACUAUUAUUUAAGAGAAAUCUCUGGAGGUAAUCGAAAUUAUUAUCCAUUAAAGUCUCGACAAGAAAUGUAUAAUAGUUUAUUAAAUAAUAUAAUUGAUGUCUCUUUUCAUGAUGCGGGUGUUGCAGAAUAUAUAACUAAUAAUAUAUAUUGUGAUUUAACAUUGAUUGGUGAAGGUUUUGAUCAAGGUGCAUUUGGUAUUCUUAUACCUAAACAAUGGUUAUAUGACCAAGACUUAGAUGUUAAUAUAUUAUCACUAAAAGAAUUAGGUAAUCUUGAUACUUUGAGAAGAAAAUGGUUUCAAGUAAAGAAAUGUUCUGAUUCAUCGGAGACACCUAGGGUAUUUCACAAUGCAACAAUAUCCAGCAAUAGUAGUACUUUUCGUCUUGAAUUAUCUUGUGUUCUAACUUUUGGCUCAAUAAUUUUUGGCACUGCAUGUAGUUGGUGUCCAUUUGCAGCUGAUUACAAUACAUAUUUUCCUGAAGAUACAAGUCAAUUAAAAAUUUUUCUUCUCACUUAUAUUAGCAAUUUUGUAUCAAUGGUUGUAAUGCAAUUACUUGGUGCAGCUGCUUAUACUGGGACAUAUACAAAUCAAAAUUGGAAACAAGCAUAUGAAAUAAAUAAUGUGGGUGGAUUAUUGGGUGCCAUUCUAUCACCUCUUCGUGGUUUUGGGAAAUUUAUACUUAUUCUAUUUUCAUUGUCAAUUGUUGCAUGCAAUAUACCGAAUCUUUAUUCAUUAUCAUUAUCUACACAAGUUAUUGCACCAAUAUUUAGUCGUAUACCACGUUUUCUUUAUACAAUUAUUGGUACUGCAGCCUAUGUUCUAUUAGCUAUUGUAGCUGCAAGUAAAUUUAAUGAUGCAUUAACAUCAGCUAUGGGUAUAUCUUCAUAUUGGUCUGCAAUAUUUAUGGUUAUUGUAUUUGAAGAUCAUAUAUUAUUUCGACGUUGUUCAUUUCGAAAUUACAAUUUUAGUAUAUGGAAUUCUUCUAAACUAUUACCAAUUAGUUUAGCUGCUAUUCUAUCGGCAUUAGUUGGUGUAGCUGGUAUUAUACUUGGAAUGUCACAAAUUUGGUUUAGUGGACCAAUAGCAAAAGCUAUUGCAGGAGAUACGGAUAUCGAAGGUGCAGAUAUUGGUUUUGAAGUUGGAUUCAUAUUUACAGCAGUUGCUUUUCCAUUAUUUAGACUCAUUGAACUGUAUUUUAUUCGGCGAUGA